UAAUCAUCUUAAUAGUAUUGAUUAAUGUUUAUUGUUGUCUGUUUACUUGACAGUUGACUUGACACUAACUUACACGAUUGGCCCUAAGUUUUAGGGAUUAAAGUAUUAAAAAUAAAAUAUCUAUUUCUUAUUACUUAGUAUAUUAUUGUACAGUGAUUUACUCUUACCUCAACAAUUUAUUCACCAUGGCGGAUUUAGAAAGUAAAUUGCUGGGUGAAAAACUUCAUUACUACUGUAGUAGCAGUGACGAAGAUGAGCCAAUGCUUGACAGGGAUCCUCCCAAACAGUCAAAGUCAGACUGGGACGGAACAUCGUCAAACACUGGACCAAAAGGAGUACUUAACGAUUGGGAACAAUACAAACGACAGCAAUCUGCUCAGAGGAUACAGCACGAAAAAGAUGUAUUGAAGCAGAUAAAUGAUAUGGCUCUAACAUGCAAGUCAGAAGCUGAAGAAUUAGAUGAUCAAUUUCUAGCUGAAUACCGUAAAAAACGAAUGAAGGAAAUGAUGGCCAAGACUCAAGAAGCACCAGAAUUUGGUAAAGUCUUUGAUUUAUUAACUGGAGAUGACUUUUUAGUUGCAGUUGAGAAUGAAAAUCCCUAUGUAACUGUCAUUGUGCAUGUUUACGAACACAAUGUGCCAACCUGUUCAAUCAUGAAUUCAUGUUUGAAAGUUCUGUGCCGUGAAUUUCAAAAAACAAAAUUUUGUAAACUAAUUGGUUCAAGUGCUGGUAUGAGUUUAAACUUCAAAAUGUGUGGUGUUCCAGCUUUACUUGCUUAUAGAGCGGGACAACUUAUUGGCAACUUUGUGCGAAUUACAGAUGAACUAGGAGAUGACUUUUAUGCCGGUGACGUAGAAAACUUUUUAAUUGAAAAUGGUGUUCUUUCAGAUAAAUCUUGUAUACCUUCUAUAAUAACCAAUGAUAAUGACAGUGAUGAUAUUUAAAUUAAUUUUAAUGUGUACAAAAAUAUAAUAUACAACUUAAAUGUAAGGAAUUAUUUCUUGUUGGUGUGCUUAACAUACUUAUACGAAGUUAUCAAAGACUAAACGUUUUGGUUGUGUUCCUGAAACAAAUCAAAAUUUGUAAUUAAAUUAUUUACUGUAAAAUUGAAUAUACUUUUAAUUAAUGGAAAUUUAAA